AUGACCUCAAAAGCAGCCUGGCGCAGUCUGCACUACAGUGCAAAGCGCCGCUCAUUCGUCCCUCGAGCUCCGUAUCGAUGUUUCUCCUGCUCAAUCCAAACUCGCCAACCGGAGCUUUCAAAGCUAGGCCAUGGUGGACGAACGACUCAUUUCGGAUUCGAAACCGUUCCAGAAGCCGAAAAAGAAGCUAGAGUUGCUAGCUCGUAUGACACAAUGAAUGAUUUCAUGUCACUGGGAAUCCAUCGCCUCUGGAAAGACCACUUUGUUCGAGCCCUAAACCCGGGCACGCAGCACCCGAGUAACGACCCCAACGGGGAGCAAGGGUGGAAUAUCCUCGACGUCGCUGGCGGAACUGGAGAUAUUGCGUUUCGGAUGCUUGACCAUGCUACGAACAUCAAUAACGACCACCACACACGCGUGACGAUCGCGGAUAUUAACCCAGACAUGCUCUCAGAAGGAAAGAAGCGGAGUCUCGAGACACCAUACUACAAUACGGAUAGAUUAUCCUUCAUGCAGGGCAACGCAGAAUCCCUCCCCACGAUUGCUGAUAACUCGAUUGAUCUGUAUACUGUCGCGUUUGGCAUCCGGAAUUUUACCGAUAAACAAGCUGCAAUAAACGAAGCCUUUCGCAUCUUGAAACCAGGAGGUGUCUUCGCUUGUUUAGAGUUCAGCAAGGUCACCAAUGGUCUAUUCGACCAGGUAUACAAGCGAUGGAGUUUCAGUGCAAUUCCCUUGAUCGGACAGCUGGUGGCAGGCGACCGGUCAAGCUACCAGUAUCUGGUUGAAAGUAUUGAAAAAUUCCCAAGCCAAGAAGAAUUCUGUCGCAUGAUCCAGCAAGCUGGGUUUUUGACUCCUGGGCGGGGCUAUGAGAAUCUCUCUAUGGGCAUCGCUGCAAUACAUAGAGGUGUGAAACCAUUGACAAGCCGAAAAUAG